AUAGGACUUAAUAGGAAGUGGGAAGGCUCUCCGUAGACGGGCUCUGGUUACACCCAGUGGAAAACAGCGGGAAACGGUCGACACGCACUUUCUCCUGCCUAAAAAACUCAUAUAAGAUACAAGGAACGGCCAAAAACAUGCCUAAAGUGCCACCCAAAAAAUUCAAGCAGACAGACCUUCUGAGCUCCUUUAAACAGUCUCCUAAAAAGCAGAUUGCCACAGACAGUGAACCUGGGGAGACGUCAGUUAGUGACAAUGUUCAGAAAAGGAUGGCUCGUUCACGUAAGACAGAAGCUGAAGAGGGACCCUCAAGUCUGCAGCAGAGAACAGAAGAUCAAAAGCACACUUUCAGGUUUUGUUUCACCUCUAAACCUGAUCCAGUUUUUGUGUCAUGUAGUACAUCCAUGACUGUGCUUGAUGCCCUUAAAACAAGUGACACUUUCAGAGUGAAUAAGAAUGUAAAUGACGUGAAGAAAGAAAUGGUCAUCCUGAGAGCUGACAGAGCUGCUGUGAAGAUGGAUUUCCCCUGCUGUCUUAUUAAAAAAGAUGAGAUCUUAAAAAUAAGCUUCAUUAAGAAGGAAAUAAAAGAUUUUGCAGCGCAAGAGACACAAGCAAGACUUUCAUCCCCCAGGACGGACCUAGUCACAUUUUACAUUAAGACGGCAGGAAAGAAGAAUAUGAAAUUCAUAAUGAAAAAUAAUGAACUGACAAACAAAGCUGAAUAUGUUUGUGUUUAUGCAUUCAAAGGAGAGGAAGUUGAAACUGCUCUUAAGUGUGAUGGACGAUUCAGUGAUACAAUUUUCCAGAAAUUCUGUAAUCUCGCUCUGGAAUCUAAAGAAGGAGGAAAGAAGGUUCAAUUGUGUAAAUUUGAAAUGUCCAACCCUGUUGAGUAUCUUGAUAAGAAGACAUUUCAGAUAAUUGCUAAAGGUGACACACGGCCUGAAAACCAGAAGAAACUAACUGAAGUCAGGAAGGAACCUGAUGUAGCUUUAGCUGCUGCUUCAGAAAAAAGUGACCCAGGCCAGCAUACUAACGGCACUGAACAAAAAACAAUUCAAGAGGGAAAGCCAAAAUUUGCAGGGCCUUCAGCUAUUGGGCAUGCAACAGAGAAUUCUUCUGGAAUUUUUCCUGGUGAUUCUGGAAAUUCUUUCUCCAGUGACAUUGAGAGCUUUCUUCAGUCUCUAUUUGAAGAUGUAUUGAAGAAGCUAAAACAGCAAAAGAAAUGGCAAGUUCAAAAGUACUUCGAAAAAGAAUAUGACAAAGGCGUUCAAUGUUUCACUGAGGUGAACAAAGUGAGGCAGGUUAUGACACUCUCUGACUCUGUGUGUUUGAUUAAAGUUGAGAAUUCUGCCCAAGGAACUGGCUUCUUAGUCUUUGACAGAUUCAUCCUCACUAACGCUCAUGUAGUCAAGGACUUUGUUCAUUCCCCACCAGAGCAUCCUCACACAAUUAAACUUUCAAAGACUCUGACGGCUGUAUUUAAUUAUGAAGUUUCGGGAUCUGAUGCAAAAGUUCUGUCAGUAAAAGAUGACGUUGUUGCUUAUGGUUAUGAAACAAAUGACAGGCGCAGAUUCCAUGAUUUUGCUCUUCUUGAACUGGAAGCUGUACCUGAUGACUGUACUGAAUUGUUUGAACGCUAUAAGCAUGUCUCCCCUCCUAAGCGUGGUGGGAUCUACAUUGUGGGACACCCAAAUGGUGAGGUUAAGAAGAUGGACCCUUGCUUCAUCAUUGGGAGUGAGAAGCAACUACAGAGUAUAAAUAAACACAUAUCUGAGAAUGUUUCCUGUCCAUAUGUGUCAUGGGGCUGUUGGCCGUAUCUACAUCAGAACCGGAUUACCUAUGACACUUGCUUCUUUCAUGGAUCUUCUGGCUCUCCAGUGUUUGAUGAACACUGUUGUCUGAUUGGUAUGCAUUCUGGUGGCUUUCAUUACGAAGAAGGUCAGAGAGAUAGGAGUGUUAUUGAAUUUGCCUAUUCCAUGCAGUCCAUCAUAGAUGCCAUUGUCGCUCAGGUUAAGACAAGAAGUGACAUUUUAAAAUUACUCUCUAAAUUUAAGUCUAUAAAUGCAAAUUUUGGCCUUGGGCCCCUUGAGGAUACAUGUGGAGAAAACAUGCCUGUAAAUGAAGAAAAUGAGAAAGCUGAGAAAAUGGAAGUGGAUCCUUGAAACAGUGGGUCCUUGAGACCUGAUUGUAGUCCCACACAUUUCUGUAACUAUCCAGGGAAUAUCUGGUAGAGAUUUGUCUAUACCAUUAUGGAUUUUUAUUUUGAUAUUUCAUGCAUUAUUCUAGACGCUUGUUGAUUUUAAAUCAUUUAAAAUAAUGUCUCCUGAUUUCUGAUGAGAAUAAAUCCAUAUAGGAGGCAGCAAUACAUAUUCAGGAUGUAGUUUUAAACAUGCAAUAUUAAAAAAAAGCAUUCAACUAAAAUAAAUGUUUUUAAUCAUAAAUAGAAUCUGACAAAUGAAUUUUGCUAACUAUGAAACGGUUCAUACCUGACUACGCGUUUUUUUGUGUAACGAGACUGGUCAAAAGCUACCGUCUUGGAAAUGCUAAUAUUUAUACAGUCUAUGUGAUCCAAAUGUACUACAGUAGGUUUAUUGACCAUGUGCUGUGAUGCACGACAAUGCUGGGCAAGAAAAAAAAAACUCCAAGGGGAGACACAAAAUCUACAAGUCCUGAAUGGUGUCUUCCUGAAAUCUUCCUAAAAUCUGAAGAGAUUCUGCAUGAUCAGCUUCAAUGUAUAUGGAGACAAAGCAGCAAAAGAAACGCAGCAAAACUGUUCACAUUUCUGCCAUAUAUUGACAUCAAUUUUACAUAUUCACUUCUGAUUAUUUACUCCUAUUGUAACAGAGAAACUUUAAAUUUUCUGUGAGGCUGCUUUGCAACAAUGUGUAUUGUGAAAAGCACUAUAACAAAUAAACAUGAAUUGAACUG